AUGAAUUGCUGUGAGGCCGCGCGAGAGGAGGAUCAGGCGAGGGUUGUGUUGUGUUGCUGCGCUGCGCAGGCUCAGUGCAGUGGGACCCAGGCGGCGCGCGGCCAUGGACACGGGAGGAGGACCAGAAGCUGCGCGCUCGCCUACAUUGAGCAGCACGGCCACGGCUGCUGGCGCUCGCUGCCCGCCAAAGCCGGGCUGCAGCGGUGCCGCAAGAGCUGCCGCCUCCGGUGGACGAACUACCUGCGGCCGGACAUCAAGCGGGGCAAGUUCAGCCUGGAGGAGGAGCAUACCAUCAUCUGGCUCCACGCGCUGCUCGGCAACAGGUGA